GCCGGCGGCGGCGAAUCGGAUGGCGGAAGCGGUGGGUGGUGGAAGAGGAAAGGUGUUUAGAGUGGAAUCCGGAGUUGUACGGAGGGCUAAAAUAUGGAGAGCCGAAGUUGUUCUUAGGGUUUUGGAAGUGGCUCUAUGUCUGGUCUCUAUCUCCGUGAUGGCCGCCGACAAGACUAGUGGGUGGGCCGGCGACUAUUUCGACCGUUACCAGGAAUACAGGUAUUGUUUUUCAGUGAACGUUAUAUCAUUUGCGUACUCGACACUCCAAGUGUUCUCGCACAUUCACUAUAUGAUCUGGAAGAGACACGUGAUAAGCAUUCCUUUAAGUUACUCGUUCGAUUUUUUACUCGAUCAGGUAUUGGCAUACUUACUGAUGUCUGCAUCUUCGUCAGCAGCCGCUCGAAUUGAUGACUGGACCUCCAUGUUUGGCAGUGAUAUGUUCACCAACAUGUUGAUUGGCUCAAUUGCGGCCUCUUUCGCCGCCUUCUUGGCUUUCGCUAUCAGCUCCAUUAUUUCUGCUUUCAAGCUCUUCAGCUUGAAUCCUUAGACAGCACACAACAAUGCCUGUAUAUAGGUAAGCUUUUUUGUUUGUCAGUAUCCUGUUGUUGCUAAGGAACAGAAUCUUAUACUCUAGAGUGAAUGGCCUUUUUGCAAAUGCCCCAUUUUAUUGGUUCUAAAUAGAAAACAUGCAGAUGUCCAAAAU